AAAUCUGUAGUCUGACCACGAAGUCAUCAUGACUAAAUCUCGGCCUAGACAUUACUUCGGGUUUCACUACCGCAUCCUCCGAUUCCUCGGCCUAGGCUGGUGGCAUCACCCAGAAGAAGGCAAAACGACCAACUUCCCAGGCUGGUACCUCUACUACUCCAUCGUCACCCAAGUAGUCUGGGUAGCUGGCUUCGUAGGCUUGGAAACCAUUGACCCUUUUGUAGGCGAAAAGGAAAUGGACCGUUUCAUGUUCAGUCUGUCUUUUGUCAUCACGCAUAAUCUCACUCUGAUCAAAUUGUAUAUUUUCUUCUUUAAGAACGUUGAUAUUCAGGAAAUAGUGCGCACUUUAGAGAUUGAGUUGUAUGAUUAUUAUCAGAACAUAGAAAAGAAUCGAAAAACGGUGAAAAUAUCGAAGAUAAUAACAGGAUCUUUUAUUUUCUUUGGAUGGCUUACUAUCGGCAAUGGGAAUGUAUACGGAACAAUUCAAGAUCUACACUGGAAGUCCUUAGUAGCCACUCUGAAUGAUACUUCUCAGAUUCCAGUUCGAACGUUACCGCAACCGAUUUACAUACCUUGGAACUAUCAGAAAGAUAAAUCGUACAUUCCUACAUUUGUUCUCGAAACCGUCGGGUUACUAUGGACUGGGCAUAUAGUGAUGACCAUUGAUACUUUUAUUGCAUCUGUUAUCUUACACAUGGGGGCGCAGUUUGAAAUACUGAACGAGGCUAUUACGACGGCGUACGACCGGACAAUGACGUCACUGAGGGAAGGCAUUCGUCCUGAAGAUAGUGGUCAUCAAGGACAACAGUCGUCUAUACUAAGUGCUGAAGAUAGCAAUGAGAGGAUAGUGCACGCUUUCAUACCGAAAGAGGAAAUUGACGCGGCACUGCAAACGACUUUCAGAAAUUGCUUUCGACAGCAUCAAGUUCUUAUCAAUUGCGUGGAGAAGUUCUCUAGAACUUAUUCGUACGGCUUCAUGACUCAACUGCUCUCCAGCAUGGCAGCCAUUUGCGUAGUAAUGGUUCAAGUUUCGCAAGACGCAUCGAGUUUCAAGUCAGUGAGACUGAUCACUUCUGUGGCGUUCUUCUUCGCUAUGAUAACUCAACUAGGCAUGCAGUGUUUUACUGGGAACGAGUUAACUUUACAGGCUGAGCGCAUAUCAGACGCAGUGAUGCAAAGCAAAUGGGAGCGUAUCCCCACGCGCCAGCGUCGACUUCUGCUAAUGAUGAUGAUGAGAGCCCAGAGGCCGCUGCGGCUGACGGCUGCUGGCUUCACCAAUAUGGACAACGCUUGUUUUCUUGCUAUUAUGAAGGCAGCGUAUUCUUAUUACGCCGUACUCAGUCAAAGACAGGAGUGAUUUCAAACAAGAAAUAACAGCAACUUUAAUUUUAAUAAUUUAAUUAUAAUCUUUUUACAUCUGAACUUUGUCGCAC